CAUGAAAGGGGCGGGGCAUACGGGACCCUGUGAAGCAUGCGUAUGAGACUGUUCAAGGCAGGACUGCAGAGUUGAGUGUGACCGGUGCUGGGGGCAGCUGGCUAACAGAUAAGCUACAGAAAUCAUGACUGAGGAAGCAUUUCAGAAGGCAGCGGAGGAGGUGAAGCAGCUGAAGGCAAAACCAUCCGAUGCCGAGAUGCUGGAGAUCUACAGUCUGUUCAAACAGGCCACAGUAGGAGACGUCAACACCGCUCGGCCCGGCAUGUUAGACUUCACUGGUAAAGCCAAGUGGGAUGCCUGGGACGCAAAGAAAGGUAUGAGUAAGGAGGAUGCAAUGAAGGCUUAUAUCAGCAAGGUGGAAGAGCUGAAAGGAAAAUAUGGAAUCUAAAGUGUAACUGUGUGACACACUAGUGUCACCUUCUGGCAAGUCUGUCAAUACCUUCGGUCCUGUGUAAUGCCUUAUACCUCCUGGUGUGUGUCCAUGUUUGUGCGAUACAUCUCAUUCACAUGAAGACUGUUGGAACGACUCAUAUGGCACAAAGCCCUUUUGAGCCUACAGACACCAUUCACCAGCAGCUGUAUAGUGAAACCCUCUGCAGACUUUUUUUACGUGUCAGUACUUCCAUAAAGCCUGUUCACUUUUCAGAA